UUCUCAGCCUCUCUGUUUCUUCUUCUUCUUCUUCUCUAAUCUCUCAACAUGUCUUGCAACGCGACCGAUCUCUCGGUCUUGUUAGGUCCUAAUGCCACGGAGGCUGCCAACUACAUCUGUGGCCAGCUAAGCGUCGUCGACAACAAGUUCAUCGACGCCGCUUUCGCCAUAGACACCACUUACCUCCUCUUCUCCGCCUACCUUGUCUUCUCUAUGCAGCUUGGCUUUGCUAUGCUCUGUGCCGGUUCCGUAAGAGCCAAGAAUACCAUGAACAUCAUGCUUACCAACGUUCUUGAUGCUGCGGCCGGAGGUCUCUUUUACUAUCUAUUUGGCUAUGCUUUUGCCUUUGGAUCUCCUUCCAAUGGUUUCAUUGGUAAACACUACUUUGGUCUCAAAGAUAUCCCCACGGCCACUGCUGAUUAUUCCAAUUUUCUCUACCAAUGGGCCUUUGCUAUAGCCGCGGCUGGAAUCACUAGUGGUUCGAUCGCUGAACGGACUCAGUUCGUGGCUUACCUAAUCUAUUCAUCUUUCUUAACCGGUUUUGUUUACCCGGUUGUCUCUCACUGGUUCUGGUCAACUGAUGGGUGGGCUAGCGCGUUUCGUACCGAUGGAGAUUUUCUUUUCAACACCGGAGCGAUCGAUUUCGCUGGCUCCGGUGUUGUUCAUAUGGUCGGAGGUAUCGCUGGACUAUGGGGUGCGUUCAUUGAAGGUCCACGACUCGGCCGGUUUGAUAACGGUGGCCGUGCCAUUGCCCUUCGUGGCCACUCGGCGUCACUUGUUGUCCUUGGAACAUUCCUCCUUUGGUUUGGAUGGUACGGAUUCAACCCCGGUUCUUUCAACAAGAUCCUAGUCACAUACCAAACAGGAACGUAUCAAGGCCAAUGGAGCGCGGUCGGACGGACGGCCGUCACUACCACCUUAGCCGGCUGCACCGCGGCGCUCACGACUCUCUUCGGAAAACGUCUUCUCUCUGGCCAUUGGAACGUCACCGAUGUAUGUAACGGUCUCCUCGGAGGGUUUGCAGCAAUAACCGGUGGCUGCUCAGUCGUAGAGCCAUGGGCCGCGAUCAUCUGCGGGUUCGUUGCAGCCCUCGUCCUCCUCGGAUGCAACAAGCUCGCGGAGAAGCUAAAAUACGACGACCCACUCGAGGCAGCACAGCUCCACGGCGGUUGCGGCGCGUGGGGGCUAAUUUUUACAGCGCUUUUCGCUGAGAAAAAGUACUUAAACCAGGUUUAUGGCGACAGACCCGGAAGGCCUUACGGUUUGUUCAUGGGUGGUGGAGGAAAACUCCUUGGAGCUCAGCUGAUUCAAAUAAUUGUGAUCACAGGGUGGGUUAGUGUGACCAUGGGUACACUUUUCUUUAUCCUCAAGAAGAUGAAACUAUUGCGAAUAUCAUCGGAGGAUGAGAUGGCCGGUAUGGAUAUGACCCGGCACGGUGGUUUUGCUUAUAUGUACCAUGAUGAUGAUGAGUCUCACAAAGCUAUUCAGCUUAGGAGAGUUGAGCCACGAUCUCCUUCUCCUUCUGGUGCUAAUACUACUCCUACUCCGGUUUGAUUUGGAUUUUUACUCUUAUGUUUAUUUUCUAGAGUAUUUUUAUUAAACGAUGAUUUGGAUAUUUUUUUACAUUUCAGUAAUGUUUUUAGAUGUACAGUUUCGUGGGGGUUGUGAUGAUUAAUUAAUAUCUAUGUGGUCAUUUGUGUUGUCUUUGGAGUUUUUGAUAACGCUUUUUCUCGAAAUUUGUAAUCCUUAUUUGCCUGCAUUAUAAAGUCUAAAAAUUAGG